CUUUUUUAAAGACAGAAAAUAACUUGUAUCGGAAUAUUGUUUUAUUGAACAAAUUGUAAAUGAGUAGCAGAAAAAAAAGUAAAUCUUUCCCAGUUCCUGAGGGGAACACCCUUGAAGAGUAUCGGGGCCGGCAUUUACAAAGCGGAUUCAGUGGCAAUUUCAUUCUCAACUUAAUGUUAACAUGUUAAGGUUAAUGUUAACAUUCCAUAGGUCGCCUCCCUAAGGUGUUGUGAUAAGGUCCAGUUUGUGACGAUACACUACCUUCCCUUUACUAAGCAAUCGAAUCCAGAAGGGAAAAGAUCACCAGUUGUGUUGGUCCGAGCCGGGAUUUGAACUCCGAUCUACCGCUUACGAGGCGGAAGCGUUACCACUGGGCUACGUGGCUCGGUCGGUAGCAGCACACCCAAACAUAAAUAUUACGAUUUUGAAGCACUCCUGUGGUCCCAUGAUCUCCCCUUAAUCUUCAAUUGUUCAAGUUGAAAUAAAUCAGUGAUGAUUUACUGCACAUGUUUGCAUAAAUGUCCCAUAUGCAAAAACAGCAAGCUGAGAAAAAACACAAGGCAAGUUUGUCCCAUACAUAAAGGAAAUAACUGGGUUUCCUCCAGACUUCUACACAAAGGGCUAGAUAUUUUUGGUUUUUCUGAAAGAGCAUCCGUUUUUUUUUUUGAGACAUUUAUGCGAUCAGGGACAGAUUACUGACACUUCGUUAUCUGAAGAAACUUGAUAAGAGCUAGCAAAUUCCCAUCAUAUAGAUGCAACACAGAGCAGUUUAAUUCAUAGCUGUGCUUCGUGCUUGAAGUGAAAACAUGGAGAAACAAAUUGUUAACAGCGUAUGUGGGCCUAUAGAUCCCAAGUCACUUGGAUUUACCUUAACGCAUGAACAUUUUUCGUUGGAUUUUGAAAAGUUUUAUGCAUCACCUCCAGUAGGAGUAGAGGAUUAUAUCGAUGAUAAAAUAACACUGAACAAUGUAGGCUACGUUCGUCAAUAUCCAUACAGUAGCCGAUUCAAUAUAAAUUUUCAAGAUGAUGAAACUCAUCAGGCAGUAUUGAAGGAUGUUACAAAUUUUAAGCAUUCUGGUGGUGGAACUAUUGUUGAAAAUACAUCUCAUGGACUAAAUAGAAAUUUAGAGCUCAUGUAUCAAAUUUCAAAGAAGUGUAAUAUUAACGUUAUUGCUGGUACUGGACACUACGUUCAAGCUGUACAGACAGGUUCGGUGAUAAAUUCAACCAUUGAGGAACUUACUGAUCUAUAUACAAAGGAGAUAUUGUUUGGUGUACCUGUUGUUGGAUGUGAUGAUCAUGGUGGCCUCAUUAAAUGUGGAAUCAUUGGUGAAGUUGGUAGUUCCUGGCCAAUAACAACAUUUGAGAAAAAGGCCAUUCAAGCUACUGCAGAAACGCAAAGCAUUUUGAAAUGUCCCGUAUCUUUUCAUCCCGGCAGAGAUAAAAAAGCUCCUUUUGAGAUUAUUCGUUUGUACUUGGAAGCGGGUGGAAACGCAGAUAAAUGUGUCAUGUCACAUUUAGACAGAACAUUACUACACGAUGAGGAUUUACAAGAGUUUGCAAAUUUAGGAACAUAUUGUCAGUUUGAUCUAUUUGGAACAGAGUGCUCAUACUAUCAGCUAAAUCCAACGAGCUAUAUGCAAUCGGAUGAGCAGCGAUUGAAUCAUAUCUUAGAGCUCAUAAACGCAGGGUGUUCUGAUAAGAUCCUUAUUUCUCAUGAUAUCCACACAAAGCAUCGACUGAUUGAAUUUGGAGGUCAUGGCUAUGCCCAUAUAUUAAAUAAUAUUCUUAUGCGGUUCUCAUUGAAAGGUGUGGAUUUGAAUACGAUCGACGAUAUUACCAUUAAAAAUCCUGCCAAGUGGCUACAAAUGGAAGCUUAAAAAGUGAUUGAUAAGAAGCAAGAAUACGGUACGAAGAUAAACUAUAAUAAAAUGUUAUUUUUUAAAUCGUUUGUUAUGUUUUAAGAAAUGAAUGCUUUGACAGUGCAAAAUUUGACUAUACAUCCAGUUGCAAAAUUUCUUCUUAAAAAUAUCAAUGAACGAGAUUUAU